GGCGCGCAGUACGUGGGCUCUGGCUACACCAAGACCGUGUACCGGGUCCGACUGCCCGGCGGCGCCGCGGUGGCGCUCAAGGCGGUGGACUUCAGUGGCCACGAUCUGGGCAGCUGCGUGCGUGAGUUCGGGGCGCGGAGGGGCUGCUAUCGGCUGGCUGCCCACAAACUGCUCAAGGAGAUGGUGCUGUUGGAGCGGCUGCGGCACCCCAACGUGCUGCAGCUCUAUGGCUACUGCUACCAGGACAGCGAGGACAUCCCUGACACCCUGACCACCAUCACGGAGCUGGGGGCCCCUGUGGAAAUGAUCCAGCUGCUGCAGACGUCCUGGGAGGACCGAUUCCGAAUCUGCCUGAGCCUGGGGCGCCUCCUCCACCACUUGGCCCACUCCCCGUUGGGCUCAGUCACACUGCUGGACUUCCGCCCCCGGCAGUUUGUGCUGGUGGAUGGGGAGCUGAAGGUGACAGACCUGGACGACGCCCGUGUGGAGGAGACGCGGUGCACCAGCAGCAGCGACUGUGCCCUUGAGUUCCCCGCCCGGAACUUCUCCCUGCCCUGCUCGGCCCAGGGCUGGUGCGAGGGCAUGAAUGAGAAGCGGAACCUCUACAAUGCCUACAGGUUUUUCUUCACAUACCUCCUGCCCCACAGCGCCCCGUCCUCGCUCCGGCCUCUGCUGGACAGCAUUGUUAAUGCCACAGGAGAGCUGGCCUGGGGUGUGGACGAGACCUUGGCCCAGCUGGAGAAGGUGCUGCACCUGUACCGGAGUGGACAAUAUCUGCAGAACGCCACCACAGGCAGCGGAGCCGAGUACCGACGUAUCCCAGGCAGCACUGUCCCCCAGGACAACUACCACUGCUGGCCUUCCUACCACCACGGCGGCUGCCUGCUAUCCGUGUUCAACCUGGCGGAGGCCGUGGACGUCUGUGAGAGCCACGCCCAGUGCCGAGCCUUCGUGCUCACCAACCAAACCACAUGGACAGGCCGGCAGCUGGUCUUCUUCAAGUCGGGCCGGAGCCAAGUGGUCCCCGAUCCCAACAAGACCACCUAUGUGAGGGCCUUGGACUGACUUCUCUGAGAACCCAGCCAACCCACUGCCUGUCCAUGCCGGCGAGGCCUGUCUGUGGAGGGAGUGACAGGCACCCGCCAGGCUCACUGUCACCUUGGAACCCCUGCCAGACAGACCGACAUGACCAGGACAAAUGUGCAAUAUUGCAAAAUGUUAAAAUGUGAGUUUACCAGCCUAGGCAUGGACUGCUGGCCCCGGGGCUGGGAAUCCAGGGGCGUUUGCCCACUUCUCCGGGCCUCCAAGCAGCACACAAGGCCCAGGCGGGCCUCCCCUGGGGGAGUGUGGCCCUCACUAUGUUCGAGGGUGAAGCCAAAGCGCUGCUGCUGCUGCUGCUGCUGCUGCUGCUGCCGCCACACGUGCCAAAGCCGGGUGGGGCUGCGGGAGAACAAUCGAAGCGCAGUGUUCUCUGAGCCAAGCUCCGCACAGGUGCCCCGGAGUGUAGGCAACUCUGGCCUCCUGACGGGCAGCCCAGGGGACCGUGGCAGAGGAGCACACAGCCGUAUGAGCCAAGACGUGGGGCCGAGGAGCAGGCUGCGGUUUGAGCCAGGACCAGGGAUGGGGUUGGGGCCGGGGCCUCUCUGCCUCAUUUGCUUUCAGUGAAAGCAGCCGAGACCAGGCUCUCCCCUCCUGGAGUGUGUGUGUCCGGAAGCUUUUGUACUUCUUGUUCGGUAAAUUGUUUAUUUUUGUAAAAAAUAAAAGAAAAUAUCAUUCGGUUAAUAAAACGAUGGUUCUCC